UAAAACAAUCCGAACGAAUUGGUGAAAAUAAUUCUAUAAUUUUAUGAAUAAUAAUUUGUGGUGAAAUAUAUUAAUUCUACACGUAAAACGUGCAUAAGAAAAAAAAAUAAAUUGCAUCAUCUUAUAACAGACCGAGUAUUUAACAUCUCAAUUGAAAAUAAAAUUUUUACUUGGAACUUUCAUUACCAUGGAAUUCCCUUACAAGAAAAAUUGGAUUCGAUUCAAUGGCCGUAAACCUUUGGAUAAGUUGACCAAUGACCAGACAAGGAAAGUCAGGAAAGUACAUAAUGACAAUUUCUUAAGAAAACAGUAUACGCAGCUUACCCAACCUAUUUUAAACUCUUCCGAGUCAAUUCCUCAUACAUCUGAACCUGCUUGUUUACCCAGUGCAGAACCCCCUGUUGAUAAUAUCCAUAGUAACAAUUUUAAUUUCGCAGUAAAUUUUUGCAAUGAUCAUCAAGAAGUGAUGGAUGUUGAUAGUAGUUACAAUAGUAAUGAAAAUAACAAUAAUAGUAAUAAAAAUAACAAUAAUAUUAAUGAAAAUCACAAUAAUAUGAAUGAAAAUAACAACAAUAUUACUGAUCCUUCUAUACCAAUAAAUUCUUCCGUACCUGAAAACCAAAAUAUACAUGAUACUUCAUUCAACCCACAAGUUUUUCGAAGUACUUUAGCCAAAUGUAUAGUUGAUAAUAAAAUAAAUUUGACUCAGAGUAAAGCGUUAUUAGAAGUCUUACGUACACAUCCAGAUUUAUUAUUUUUGCCGAAAGAUCCGCGAUCACUAAUAAAAACGCCUCGCGAAAAAAUAGUAACAAAAAUAGUAGCUCCAGGCGAGUAUCUUCACAUCGGUUUUGAAUCAAAGCUUAAAUCAAUGAUAUCUCGCAUACCAUUCGAAUCUAUUCCGGAAACAUUAGUUUUUGAUUUUAGUACUGACGGAGCAGAAUUAAAUAAAAAAAUUCAAAUUUGGCCGAUUCAAAUUCGUUUAAUUAAUAUACCCUUUCUUAAAAAUCCGGAACUUGUCGGUAUUUAUAAAGGAGAAAGUAAGCCCCAAAGUUUUGAAGAUUUUUUUGUGGAUUUUGUUAGUGAAGUCGAGCUUAUCAUUUCAAAAGGCGGUAUUGAUUAUAAGGGUAAAAAGAUACCAAUUCAGUUGCGUUGUUAUAUCGCAGAUAGUCCUGCUCGUGCAAAUGCUUUAGGUCACGUAUCCCAUGUCGCUCGAAACCCUUGUUCAAAAUGUAAAAUUGAGGGUAUAACUUAUAAAAAAUCGUGUCGUUUUCCAGGUAUCAACUAUGAAUUACGAACCGAUGAAGAAUAUAGAAAUUUAACAGAUGUAGACCACCACACUGGUGUGUCAGCAAUACGUAAAUUGCCAAUGGAUUUAGUAAAUCAAGUUUCUUUUGAUUAUAUGCACCUCGUAUGCUUAGGAGUUAUGAAAAAAACAGUACAAUCAGUUAUAUUUGGAAAAUUUCAAGUAAAUAAAUUGCAAGCCUUUGAAAUAGAUUAUUUAUCAAAUCGGUUAAUGACCUUGCAAAAUUAUUGUCCUCGUGAAUUUGCAAGGAUUCCGCGAGAACUAGAUAAAUAUGGUACAUUUAAAGCCACCGAAUUCCGUCAGUUAUUAUUAUAUACUUUUAUUGUAGUUUCUAAUAGAAUCAUAACAAAUGAUCAAUAUAAUCAUUUCUUACUUUUACAUACUUCAAUGCGGGUAUUAUUAAGUGACUCUUCAUCGGAAGAAAAUGUAAAUUUUGCUGAGAAGGCUUUAGAAAAAUUUAUAAUUGAUGCCGAAAAAACACACGGAUUAGAAUUUUUAAGUUAUAACAUUCACGGCCUCAUUCAUCUUGUAGCCGAUUACAAACGUUUUGGAUCAUUGGAAUCGACAUCAGCUUUUACAUAUGAAAAUAGUAUUAGACUGACCCGUCCGUUUGUUAGAAAACCCGACCAACCACUACAACAGAUCCACAAAAGAUUCGAAGAACAAACAAAUUUUCAAGUCGAAGAUAUUCAAAUUUCUAACAGUAAUACAUUCAAAGCCUACGGAGAUCACGAGAAUGGCCCCAUAUUUGAUGGGUUAAUAGAAAAUUCCGAACAGUAUGAAAAUUUACGGUCACCAAAAUUUUUUUACUCUAUUCAUAAUAAUGAUAACACAAUAAUAACUAAAGAUAAUCGCAUUGGUAUUAUUCAGAAUAUAAUUUUCAAGGAUGGAACAUAUUAUUUAGCUAUUCGAUUUUUUAAAACCUUAGAAUCUUAUUUUGAAAUAUUAGGUCGGCCUUCCACAAACUUCGGAGUUUACUUAUGUACUUCAUUAAAAACAACUAUUGAGUUCAUUGUGUACGAUGAAAUAAGAACAAAAUGUUAUCGUAUGCCGAUUUGGGUGAAAAGAACUUUAACACCAUUUGUAAAUGAUGAACUACUAAAUAAUGCAUACGUUGCUAUUGAAAUGUUAUUAUAAAUGAAGAAUAUUGAAGUUGAAAAUUUAUUAUAUAAUAUAUAGGAAAAUCAAAUUUUUUUCUCGUAGUUUUAUUAGUAAUGAAGCGAAAGCGUAUUGUUUUUAUAUUCCUCUAAUAUGUUGUAAUUUAUAUUAAUUUUUAUAAAUGAUCAUGUAAAAUGAAUUUAUAUACGACAUGGAUGUAAUAUAAAACAUAUUUUUGUGACAUAUCUUACUCUAUGUAUGU